CGCACAUUCAUGACCAUCCCAUUCAUAUAUAAUUGUAAACAUCCGGUUCCGGCACGCCAUCUUCCUACGUUUGUUUCUUAUUAUUUACACAGCUCUGCAUCUGAACACCCUUUCAUGUACAAGGAUAUAUGAUGGUAUCAAAACUUUGAAGAGUGAAGAAUGGCAUUAUCAAAGAUACAGGGAAUCAUGUUUCACAAAAAUCACAUUGAAGAAACUGUACCCUAAUUUUGAAAAUAAAGAAGAAUAAAAGAAUUAUUUCUCUGUUGAGAAUUACAGGAUAAGGUUUUCUACUUUUCUGAAGGAGAUUUGAAAAUUAUGGAGGAGAAACUGAGUGAGGAUCAGUUCCAUAAGAAAAGACAAAGUGAUAAUGAUGUUUCUCAUCAAACAGAUAAGACAUCAUACAUGUGUGACAUCUGUGGGAAGUCUUUUAAAGUUAAGAGGUAUUUUGUUCGACAUCAGUCUGUUCACAAAAGCCAGAAACCAUACCAUUGUGAUAUUUGUGGUAAAUCAUAUGCUUUAAAUAGUAGUUUGUCUAAACAUAAACGUAGUCACACUGGAGAGAGACCAUACUGUUGUGAUAUUUGUGGCCACAGUUGCAUUUUUAAAUUUUCUUUAAUUAUACACAAACGUACUCACACAGGAGAAAAACCAUAUGAUUGUGAUAUUUGUGGUAAGAAAUUCUCUACUAGUGGUGCUGUAACAACGCAUAGAAUUAUUCAUACAGGCAACAAACGGAAACUGUGCCAGUGUGACAUUUGUGGUAAGACUUUCUCCCAAGAUAACAAUUUAGUGAUACAUAAACGUGUUCACACAGGAGAGAAACCGUAUCAUUGUGAUAUCUGUGGUAAAACUUUCUCUGUUAAAUGUUCUUUAACUAUACACAGACGUAAUCACACUGGAGAAAAACCAUACCGGUGUGAUAUCUGUGGUAAAACAUUCUCUGGCAGUACUCUGGUAUCAACACACAAGCUUACUCACUCAGACAAGAAACCGUACAAAUGUGAUGUUUGUGACAAAGCAUUUCAUCUGAAUAGCCUUUUGAAUAAACACAAACGUAUUCACACAGGUGAGAAACCAUAUCAGUGUGAUAUUUGUGGUAAGUCAUUCUCACAAACUUCAAAUUUAAAGGCCCAUAAACGUAUUCAUACAGGAGAAAAACCAUAUCACUGUGAUAUUUGUGGUAAAAAGUUCUCUAUAAAUAUACAUUUAACUAAUCACAAAAAUAGUCACACUGGGAUAAAACGAUAUCCCUGUGAUAUUUGUGGUAAAGCAUUCUCUCAAAGAGGCAAUUUAAAGAUUCAUCAACUUCUUCAUACGGGUGAAAAACCAUAUCACUGUGAUACAUGUGGUAAAAAUUUCUCUACAAGUCAGUAUUUAUCAAAUCACAAACGUACUCAUGCAGAGGUAAAAACCUGCCACUGUGAUAUUUGUGGUAAAGCAUUCUCUCGAAAUAGGGAGUUAUUGAUCCAUAAUCGUAUUCACACAGGUGAGAAACCAUACCAUUGCAAUAUUUGUGGUAAAUCUUUCACUACAAAUGGUCAUUUAACUAAACACAAACGUGUUCAUACAGGAGAGAAACCGUACCAUUGUGAUAUCUGUGGUAGAAUGUUCUCUGGUAGUUCUAAUUUAUUGACCCAUAAACGUAUUCACUCAGGAGAAAAACCAUUCCACUGUGAUAUUUGUGGUAAAAGUUUCACUGUAAGUGGAACCCUAUCCAGACACAAACGUAUUCACACAGGUGAAAAACCUUACCAUUGUGAUAUUUGUGGUAAAACCUUCACUGAUCAUAGUUCCCUGCAUUCUCAUAAACGUGUUCAUACUGGUGAUAGGCCAUAUUGUUGUAAUAUUUGUGGUAAAACAUUCACUGCCAGUGUUUCAUUGUCUGCACACCAUAUUGCUCAUACAGGAGAAAAACCAUAUGGUUGUGAUAUCUGUGGUAAAUCAUUCUCACGAUCUUGUAAUUUAUCGAGGCAUAAGCAUCUUCACACAGGAAAGAAACCGUAUGAUUGUGAUUCAUGUGAAAAAACUUUCAGUUCUAAUUAUGAUUUAGCCAUACACAAACGUAUUCACACAGGAGAGAAACCAUACCCCUGUGAUAUCUGUGGUAAUGCAUUUGCUCAGAAGAGUCAUCUAUUGAGGCAUAAACGUAUUCACACAGGGGAUAAGCCUUAUCACUGUGGUAUUUGUAAUAAAGCAUUCUCUCAACAAAGUACUUUAUCAACCCAUAAACGCAUACACAAAUGAGAAACUGUACCUCUGAUGUUUUAUUGUCCUUUUGUGAUUAAUCUACCUGUAAUUUCAAUAAAUAUAGCAAUCAAAUAUUUUUUGACCCAACAAACACAGAAUAAGUUUUGUUUCUGUACCUGUAUAUUCAUCAUCAUCUACAAUUACAAAAUAUAUUUGUGCUUCCUUCACUAAGUAACUCUCUCAUAAUAAAGUCAACCAUUAAAGAACAGAA